GCUCACUGUCCUUCGUUUCAAGACCACAUGACUUCCAUUGAAAGGCACUUUGAGCAGGAAAUGAAAGAAGCAGUUGAGUCACUUGAGUCUGCACACCGGCAAACAAUGCAUGCCUGCAGUUGUGGCCAAGGUGUAACGGGGCAAAUGGACAUCCGUAAUGUUCUGUUCCACAGAGCAUCCUUUUGGGAGCGUUUGGCUGCAUUCUGGAAAGGAUUAUCACUGUCGUCCCUGAGCAGUAGGUUAGGGAGGUUUGGAAAGAGCAUUGCAAAGGCAGUUUGGGGGUCCAAAAGCAGGGUAGAAUCCAUACUGCGCAACUACUGGAGACAAGCACCUACAGGCACACCCCUGGUAGAAAUCCUGAUGCAGGCACUGUCAUCAUCAGAUGAACUGCUCACUGAGCUGGCAGAAAGGCAGAUGCAGCCACAGCGCAACUUGUUGGCUCUACUGGAAGCCGACAUCACAAAGAUGAGGACCAUCAUGGAGCAGACAAUACACCAGACCUUCAAAGACACCAGAAGUAAUGAAAUGAUCAAGCAAACCUAUGAGCCGCAAAGUAGGGACAUCAGCAACUUUCUGGGCCAGCUGGCAGUGUUCCACUUGACAAGCACUAGGAGGUACGAGUAUGACCUGGACAAGAUCAAAGGUUGGACAGACACAAGGAACAGGAAAGGAGGCGGCUCCUUUGGUGAAGUGUACCGAGUUCAAGUCCCAUGGAAGGGAGCAGAGACUCCAGCAGCACUGAAGAUUGGACUCAUGCCAUACGACAUCACAACUGAAGAAACUGCCUCUGACUUCCUGAAGGAAGAAGACAACUUACGGAAGCUGAAAGGAGCCCACAUUGUGGAGUACUACGGCACGGCGUACAGGAGGGAGCGGCGUGGCCUGAGGCUGGGGCUGGUCAUGGAGCUGUGUGACGGAACACUGGAGAGCAGGAUCAUUGGCAACAGAGACCGUAACCCAGCCUGGUGGGGUUCUAACCCAGAGAAGAAGGCAGCAGCCUUCAGCUACACCCAGAACCUGGCAGUGCAGCUGUGUGAGGGACUCAAACACAUCCAUAAGGAAGGCUACAUCCACAGGGACCUCAAACUCAGCAAUAUACUGGUGACCAGGGAUGACACUGUGAAGCUUGCUGAUGUUGGACUGACCAAACAAGAGAUGAAAAUCACAGGCACAGUAGCCGGAACCCCCCUCUAUGCAGCCCCGGAGGUGAAGGAAAGGAAGGUUUACAACAGGAGUGCCGACAUCUACAGCCUGGGCCUCAUCCUGUGGGAGAUGUGGUACGGGAGGGCCUUGUAUGGGCUCCACACUGAGGAUGCUGCUUAUGCCAAACAGAUGGAAGAAGACUUGAAGAAAGGGAAGGACAUCAGGAUGCCACGAUGGCGAGAUACAGUCCCCCCCAUCCGUGAGUGGACCAGGCUGAUCCACGACUGUCUCAGGUUGGAUCCAAAGGAACGACCAGAGAUACAGGACUGUCUGGACAGGAUUAAAGCUAUGAAGGUCACCAACAUACAUGUAUGUGUAGCAAUGGCAGAGACAGUAUUAGACCUCCCCACAGAGGAGGAGAUAGACCAGAUGAAGCUGGGUAAGCUAACCCGGUUUCUCCGGAAAGAGUUUGGCAUGACUGAGGAGGAAAUUGAUGACCUGGAAACAGAGGAGGCGAGGACAGAAGUGAAGAAGAGGAUCAGGGACAUCUGGGCAGCAGCAGCUACAAGAAGACGUCCUGGUCAGGCUGCAGAAAGCCUGCGGGAAAUCCUUGAGGCACACAACUCAAAACGAGAACACCUGGCAGAGUUGUGCCACAACAUUGCAGCCUUCCUUCCCAGUCUGGACAGAAGUACCAAGGAAAACUUGAAUAUACAAUUUGGUUGUGAGGUGGAAGACAUCCUAACAGACGUGCAGACACAGUUACACAGAGAAGAGUGUCCCAUUCUUGUAGCAGGAGAAACAUCCUCAGGAAAGAGCACCUUCCUGAACGUGCUGCUGGGAGGUGACAUCCUGCCUGUGUCCCACCUCAGCAGCACUUCCACCAUCUGUGAGGUCAAGUAUGGAGAAACUCGACAGGCUGUGGUCCAUCUGCGCAAGUCAGGAAUCAUUGGCAAAAUUACGGGACUAAAGACAGUCACCAUCCCACUGGACGGCACAAAGGAGCGUCAGGAUGAACUGAAAAGCUACAUGCAUCUGGAAGGAGCCAGUCGAGAUCAACUUCCUCCAGCUAAGAGGGUCGAGAUCUUCUGGCCUCUUCCUCUUCUUCAAGUAAGGCUAAAUUUAUAGAUAAGCUAGCUCGGAGGAAUAGUCCUAGUGGACAGUCCCGGUGUGGGAGAAAGUGAGAUGAUGGAUGACCUUGUUGCUGACUACAUGCCCAAAGUUUUUGCCUUCCUGUACAUCAUUGACAGCUCCAGGGCAGGGGGAGUGCAACAGGACAGGUUGGGACGACUUCUACAGCUGUAUGCAAAAAAAGAAAAAGCUGAAGAUUUCAACCCAGAAUCAGCCAUGUUCAUCUGCAACAAGUGGGACACUGUGAAACCUAAGGAUCAAGAGGAAGUGAAGAGUGAGACACUCAGGAAGCUGUCAGCGAUGUGGCAUGGUCUGGGGGAGUCACAGGUCUUCUUUGUGUCAACAGAAAAGGCAGUAGGACCAUUUGGGAUUCUGUCAGAAGACUUCAGCAAAGUUCUGGAUGGUCUGGACUUGCUGCUGCCAAAGAGUCUUGACAUCAAACUGGAAACUCAGUACAGGAUACUUACUCGGCUUACUGCAGCUCUGUAUGAACAAAGUAGGGACAUCAACAGCUUCCUGGGCCAGCUGGCAAUGUUCCACCUGACUGAGAUGAGAAAGUAUGAGUUUGAGCUGGACAGCAUCAUAGGUUGGACAGACACAUGGAUAGGAGGCGGGGGCUUUGGUGAAGUGUACCAAGUUCAAGUCCUAUGGAAGGGAGCAGAGACUCCUGCAGCACUCCUGAAGAUUGGAUCUGGAGUCUAUCCAUAUGACAUCAUAACAACAGAAACUGCCUGGGAAUACCUGCAGGAGGAAGAAAUCCUACGGAAGCUGAAGGGAGAUCACAUUGUGAAGUACUACGGCACAGCGUACAGGAAAGAGGAUGAUGAGCUGAGACUGGGGCUGGUCAUGGAGCUGUGUGAGGGAACACUGGCGGACAGGAUCGUUGGACAGAGGGACCGUAACCCAGCCUGGUGGAAACAUAACCCAGAGAAGAAGGCAGCAGCCUUCAGCUACACCCAGAACCUGGCAGUGCAGCUGUGUGAGGGACUCAAGACUAUCCAUGAUGCAGGGUACAUCCAUAGAGAUCUCAAACUUAUCAAUAUUCUGGUGACCAAGGAGGACACAGUGAAGCUUGCUGAUGUUGGACAGACCAAAAGAGAGGUAAAAGUCACAGGCACCAUAGCUGGGACCCCCCUCUAUGCUGCACCAGAAGUAAAGGAAAGGAAGGUCUAUGACAGGAGUGCCGACAUCUACAGCCUGGGCCUCAUCCUGUGGGAGAUGUGGUAUGGCAUAACCUUGUAUGGGACGGGAGAAAAAGUAAAGGAUCAGGCUGUGCAAACUUACAUGUAUGUAACAGAGAUGAACAAGGACUUGGAGAAAGGGAGGGACAUCAGAAUGCCACAUUGGCGAGGUACAGUCCCCCCCACCCGUGAGUGGACCAGGCUGAUCCAUGACUGUCUCAAGAAGGAUCCAAGGAAACGACCAGAGAUACAGGAGUGUUUGCAAAGGAUCUCAGAUAUGCGUACUGUACUUCAUCAGGUUUGGUAGUGACUCGAGUAUGUUGUUAGCAGUAAUGAAAUAAUUUUAGCUAGUUUUGUCCGAGAAUUGCAAACUAUGUAAAGUAGUGAUUCCGUUUUGUGAGAACUGGUUGAAUUUGCAUCUUUCUUACUACAUGUAAACAUGUAGGCUAGCUUUAAAAUUUGAUGUUAUCGUAGAAGAUAGCUUUCCAAGAAUUUUAUAAAAUCAACACAUCCAUCAAGCCAUGAAAAGGAUUGAUAAGGUAAUAAUAUCUUGUGUAUCUUUUGCACUAUGUGAAACAGUGUGGCAUGUUGUGCUUAUUAUAGAUAAACCUGUACCUGGCUGAUACUUCAGCAUUCUUUGUGAAAAAAAUUUGUUUGAUAGUCAUUUGCGUGCUAGUACUUGGUUAAAGAUGUAAUAUAGUGUGAUCAGAUCUAGUAUAAUAUUCAGAUCAAAGGGGCAGCUACAGCUGCCAUUUUUCUGUGAAAAGUGUGAUGUUGGCAAAUUUACAACUGACUUACAAAUGUCAACACAUGUACAAGACACCAAAAUCAUGUUCAACAAUGGUUUUAUUCCUGCUUCCAUGAUAGAAAUAUUCACUAACAAGGUACAAUGGGAUGCAUACAUGUAUGUCAAAUCUAGUGUUAUUAUGAGAGAGGAACAAGAUGUAUAGACCAGAAUUUGUGAGUUUGUCAACAAUGCUAUAUAAUAUGUCAAGUAUUUGACGAUAUCAAAUCAUGAACCUGCUGUGUCAAAAUCUUGAAGUUCUUGCCUUUUAUUGAAUAUGUUCACACAUAAUACACCAAAUUCAUCUUCAUGAAAACUCAGAUAUCCAGCUGCUACAGAUUUGUAAUGGAACAAGGCAUCAUUUGAUGUAUAAGUCAAGUUACUUUAAUUUAUAAAGUGAGAGAAGUGUAAAGUCAUUAUCAUUGCAAA